AUGGGGCUCUUGAUCAGCAACAUCUACUUCAUCACGGCAAUUGCCGUGAUCGGAGGCGCACUUUUCGGUUUCGAUAUUGCUUCUAUGAGUGCAAUCCUCGGUACUCAGCAGUACAAAUGCUUCUUCAACGAGGGUGGUGUUGUGGAUGGCAAGUGUGCUGGUCCCUCUUCAUCGACUCAGGGUGGCAUCUCAGCUGCAAUGCCUGGUGGCUCAUUCGUCGGUGCCCUCGCUUCCGGUAUCUUGACGGAUUGGCUUGGCCGGAAACGUGCCAUCCAAUCUGGCGCUGUGAUCUGGUGCAUUGGCAGCAUCAUAGUCUGUGCGACCUAUAGCAUCGGUCAACUCGUCGCCGGCAGAUUCAUCAAUGGCUUCGCAGUUGGUAUCUGCAGCGCUCAAGUGCCUGUUUACGUCUCCGAACUCGCUCAACCCAGCAAACGUGGUCGAGUGGUCGGUGCGCAGCAGUGGGCCAUCACUUGGGGUAUUAUGAUCAUGUUCUACAUCUCCUACGGCUGCAGCUAUCUGGAUGGCAACGCCGCCUGGCGCGUCCCAUGGGCACUGCAGAUGCUUCCCGCUAUUGGCCUCUUCUUUGCACUGUUCUGCCUUCCGGAGAGCCCUCGUUGGCUGGCCAAGCAAGAUCGGUGGGAGGAAGCACAUGAUGUCCUGGCUCGUGUGCACGCCAAGGGCGAUCGAAAUGCUCCCUUUGUCCAAGCCGAGCUUCAGGACAUCAAAGACAUGUGCGAGUUCGAGCGUCAGAACUCAAAUGCAUCUUACCUUGAGCUGUUCAAACCGAAGAUGAUCAAUCGCACACAUAUCGGCAUGUUCACUCAGAUCUGGUCUCAGCUCACGGGUAUGAACGUCAUGAUGCUGUACAUAACGUACGUCUUUGGUAUGGCAGGCCUGUCUGGCAACGCCAACCUCAUCGCUUCCUCCAUUCAAUACGUCAUCAACGUCUUCAUGACCAUUUUCGCCCUCAUCUUUAUUGACCGUUGGGGCCGCCGGCUGCCCCUGCUUAUCGGAUCUACGUUGAUGAUGACCUGGAUGUUUGCUAACGCAGGUCUUAUGGCCUCCUACGGCCGACCAGCACCACCAGGUGGCGUCAACAACGUGCCCGAAGAAUCGUGGGACUUGAGUACGAACAAAGCCGCAGCUCGCGCCGUCAUUGCCUGCACGUACCUCUUUGUUGCCUCCUAUGCCCCGACUUGGGGACCAGUAUCCUGGAUCUACCCUCCAGAACUGUUUCCACUGCGACUACGGGGCAAAGCUGUCGCUGUCACAACGGCCAGCAACUGGAUCUUCAACUUUUCACUUUCUUACUUCGUGCCUCCAAGCUUCGAGAACAUCAAGUGGAAGACAUACAUCCUGUUUGGGGUGUUCAAUUUCGCCAUGACCGUGCACGCCUUUUUCUGCUUUCCAGAGACGAGCGGCAAGACCCUCGAAGAAGUCGAAAGCAUGUUCUUGGCAGGCGAGAAGGCUUGGAACACCAAAGUACAGUUCCAGAGCGUAAGAGAGAUGGAGGCCGGACAUGUGGAUCCUCAGAAGAGAGUUAGCGUGGUAAGCCACAGGGAGGUGGGAGCUGCACCAGUUGAUGCGGCAGCAGAAACGGAGAAGAAAGGUUUGGGUGGAUCGAGUGUUGUGUAG